CCCACACACUUUCUCUUCUUCUUUCUACAAAUGGGUUUCCAAAGAUCUAUCUCUUCUUCUUCUGCAUUAAAAUGGCUUGGAUUUGUAACGGCAGUUUGGGUUCAAGCCAUCUCCGGCAACAACUACACUUUUUCAAACUACUCCGGUGCUCUUAAGUCUCUCAUGAAUCUCAACCAGCUCGAGCUCAACAACCUCUCUGUCGCUAAAGACGUCGGAAAAGCCUUUGGGAUCCUCGCUGGCCUUGCCUCUGACCGUCUUCCUACUCCUGUCAUCCUUCUUAUUGGUUGUUUUGAAGGUCUUCUCGGUUAUGGUGUACAAUGGCUUGUUGUUAGCCGCACCAUCCAACCAAUCCCUUACUGGCAGAUGUGUAUAUUCCUCUGUAUGGGAGGGAACAGCACAACGUGGAUGAACACGGCGGUUUUAGUGACUUGCAUACGUAAUUUCCGACGCAACCGUGGUCCUGUCUCCGGGAUCUUGAAAGGAUAUGUCGGCCUAAGCACAGCUAUAUUCACCGACCUAUGCACUGCUCUGUUUUCAAACGAUCCGGCGUCGUUUUUGGUUUUGCUUGCAGUCAUCCCUUUCGCCGUUUGUCUCACAGCGGUUUUCUUCCUCCGUGAGAUCCCACCUGCUUCUUCUGCCGCCGAGGAGAACGAAGAGACUCGCUACUUUACCAUAUUCAACAUUGUGGCCGUCGUUGUCGCCGUCUACCUUCAGUCUUACGACAUCAUCGGAAUCAAAACCGGAGUGUUCUCUGUUGCUUUCGCCUCCAUACUUCUCUUCCUCUUGGCUUCUCCAAUAGCCAUUCCUUUCCACUCUUUCAUCAAGAGCUUGAAUCACGGUGAACAAGAUGACUUAGAAGGAAGGAUUCAAGAACCGUUGCUUAGAUCCGAGAUCGCGGCAGCGGAGAGAGAAGUGGUCGUUGUAGCUGCGGUGGCAGCUGAACAAGAGGAGAAGAAGAAGAAACCGGUGUUGGGAGAAGACCACACUAUAAUGGAAGCAGUUUUGACCGUUGACUUUUGGGUGCUUUUUGUGUCAUUCUUGUGUGGUGUAGGAACUGGUUUAGCUGUGAUGAACAAUAUGGGUCAGAUAGGUCUUGCCCUUGGAUACACAAAUGUUUCAAUCUUUGUCUCCAUGACUAGUAUUUGGGGAUUCUUCGGCCGCAUUCUUUCCGGUACUCUCUCCGAAUACUUUCUCAAGAAAGCUGGAACACCAAGACCACUGUGGAACGCAGCCUCUCAAAUCCUUAUGGCCGUAGGAUAUAUACUAAUGGCUUUAGCCGUGCCUAAUUCACUCUACAUUGGUUCAAUGGUGGUUGGAGUUUGUUACGGUGUCCGUCUAGCCAUAACCGUACCAACAGCGUCCGAACUCUUUGGUCUCAAAUACUAUGGUCUCAUCUACAACAUUUUAGUACUUAACUUGCCACUUGGCUCGUUCCUCUUCUCGGGUCUCCUUGCUGGCUUCCUCUACGAUGCAGAGGCCACACCAACUCCUGGUGGGGGCAACACGUGUGUAGGAGCUCAUUGUUACCGUCUCAUCUUCAUAGUCAUGGCAUUAGCUUCUGUUAUUGGAGUCGGUUUGGAUCUUGUGUUGGCUUAUAGGACGAAGGAGAUUUACGCUAAGAUUCACGCUAGCAAGAAGUCCAAAAAAUCUGGUGGUAGCCUUAGUUAAGAAUUAUAGAUCUAGUUCCGUCGCACUAGAUUUGUUUGUCACAUUUCAAAUGCUGAUUUUGUAUGCAUGAUACAAUAUCAGAUUCAAGAUAUUGUUGAACAAAAUUGCAAGUACCAGGGAAUAGAGAUCAUAUUGUUGUAGAAGCAUCGCCAAUGUAUUUUUUUCUUUUCGAGAUUUGUUCAAAUUAUAUAAAUGAAUGACAUUUUGAUGU